AUGUCUACUCGUCGAGGGUCGUGGAGCGGCACUAAGGUUGUCACGGGAGCCACAGUAGGUGACUGGAGUGUAGCGGGGAAUGAGGGAGAGUGGCGGCACGAGGCGGUCAUGGCUACUCAUGGUUGGCAGCGUCAGCAAGAGGGAGAAGCAGUGCUAGCAACAGCGUGGAGAAGAGAAAGGGGAGGAGGUUGCGACGUCGAGAUAGGAAGCGGUGACGGCGUUCACGAUGAAAGUCGCGUGGGUGAGGAGAAGGGGCGACCAAAGACGCCCGCCGACGAGAGAUCAAAGAGAGAGAUAUCGAUCAGUAUGGCGAUGAUCAAAGUUGUCCUUGUGCUGAUGUUGUGCCUUGCAGGGCAGGCGUUUAGCCAAAUCGACUACGGCAACGCUCUCACCAAAUCGCUGCUCUUCUUUGAAGCCCAGCGGUCGGGGAAGCUGCCGGCCAACCAGAGGGUGACUUGGCGCGGGGAUUCUGCCAUCGGAGACGGCAGUGAGGCCGGCGUCGAUCUCGCCGGAGGAUAUUACGACGCCGGCGACAACGUCAAGUUCGGCUUCCCGUACGCCUUCGCCGUAACCAGCCUGGCGUGGUCCGUCGUCGAAUUUGGCUCCCAGCUUCAAGCCAAGAACGAGUUGAAUAACGCGCUGGCCGCCGUGAAAUGGGGGACCGACUACCUCCUCAAGGCUCACGCCGGUCCCCAACUUCUCUACGUCGAGGUCGGCGACGGCAACUCCGAUCACGCAUGCUGGCAGCGGCCGGAAGACAUGACUACCCCGCGCACGGUUUAUAAAAUCGACGAAGCCAACCAUGGUUCUGACGUCGCGGCCGAGACCGCCGCCGCAUUGGCCGCCGCUUCAAUUGCCUUCAAGUCUUCCAACGCUGGCUACUCUGCCACUCUCCUCAGCCAUUCCAAGCAGCUAUUCGAUUUUGCGACGAACAACCGCGGUCUUUAUCAGAACAGCGUCCCAGUGGCCGGCGCCUUUUACAGCAGCAGCGGAGAUGAUGAUGAAAUAGUUUGGGCGGCCGCAUGGCUACAUCGGGCCACCGGAGAUCGGGCCUACUUGGACAUCAUCGGUAGAGGAAACCCCGGCGGCGUGCGGACGAUGUUCUCCUGGGACGACAAGUUCUUCGGCGCACAGCUCCUUGUCUCAAAGCUGAUCAUGGAGGGAGUGGUUCCCAAUGAGGGUUCAUGGGCGGCCUACAAGAGCAACGCAGACGCCUUCAUGUGCAACUUGGUGCAGAAGGGCAACGGCAACGUCAAGAAGAGCCCCGGCGGCCUCCUCUGGUUCAACCAAUGGGCCAACAGCCAGUACGUCACCUCCAGCUCGCUUGGCCUCGUCUCCCACGCCGACCAUAUCACCGCCGCAAAGGGCGCUUGGCUCCAAUGUCCCGGCGGCACUGUCUCUCCCCAACAACUCAUCGACUUCGCUCGAUCCCAGAUGGACUACCUUCUCGGUGCCAAUCCGAGCCAGAUGAGCUACAUGGUGGGAUUCGGUUCCAAUUUCCCCCGGAAGGUGCACCACAGGGGUGCCUCCAUUGUGUCCAUCAAGGCCAACCGAAACCCCAUCGAUUGCAAGGGCGGGUUCGAUUGGCUAAACAGUGGCUCCAACGAUCCCAACGUGCUUGAGGGUGCCAUCGUCGGCGGACCUGACGCAAACGAUGCCUACUCUGACUCCAGAAACAACUUCCAGCAGGCAGAACCUUCCAUAGGUGGUAACGCACCGCUCGUCGGUGUCUUGGCCAGGAUCGCCGCCUAA